UGCACACUCCCCACCAUUUAAAGUAACUCCCCAACACACAAACUCUUCUCAGAAUACAGUCCUGUUUUCUACUUCUCCCUACAAAUUAAAGGAGUCCCAGAGAAAAAUUACUUUGUUUUCACAAAGAAAACAGUAUAAAAAUUUAUGGGUUUUUCCUCAAUGUCGAUCUUGUUCUACUUCGUUGUGACUAUAUUGUUUCAGUUUCAACUUUCUGAGUCUGCCACAGUAGACGUGGAUGGAGUUUCAGAAUGGAGAAAUCCUCAAGUUCAAGUUGGGGAUGCUGUCAUUUUCCAGCACAAAUAUCACUACAAUCUCUACAUUUUCCAGAGCCAAAAUGCCUUCAGUCACUGUGACUUUUCUCAAGCUAGACUUCUCACUAAACCCAACUCCACAUCUUACACUUGGCACACUUCACGACCUGGUUUCUUCUACUUCUCCUUCAACAAUGGUUCUAGCAAAGCAUGCUUAGGGGGUCAAAAGCUGGCUGUGAAGGUCAUAUUAUCACUGUCUCCAAAUUCUUCCCCUGAAUUGCCACCACCAACGGCAGCGCCACCUCUGAGCUCUGGCGGCAUUGUGGCAUCUUCUCCAGCAUUUCCUUGGCCAUUUCAGCCACGAGAAAGCGCUUCGCCAAGUCCUGCACCGAGUACUGUAGACCUUCCAGGCGGCGCCACCAGUCCUACAGCGCCGUAUAAAGAAGGCAUCCCAUUUAUCAACAGCAAUCCAGCUGUGCCUCUGCCCACAGGAGAGGUGGAUUCUGCCACCAUUCGCCCUUUGCCCACAAAUGGGGACAAUGCUAGACAGGUCCUGGGAUUUUCAAUUGUUCUAAAGGCUUUGAGUUUGAGUUGUCCAAUUUUGCUGAUGACGGUCUAGAGAGGUGCACUUGGUUUAUGUAUGAAAUUUUAGCUUUGAAUCUAAAGUCGCUUUAAGGUUGUCCUUGACCCUACUUUGGAAUCAUUAGAUUUAGCUGCUUACCACUUUGUUCUUUACACUUUAGUCUAUGCAAAGUAAUUGAUUACACCCUUUUCCUUUUUCA